AUGAAAAUAAACUGUUUCUCCCUCACUCAGGUACCUAUUAAUCUAUCUAUCCUCAUCUCUAUUGAUAUCUAUCUAUCUAUCUAUCUAUCUAUCUAUCUAUCUAUCUAUCUAUCUAUCUAUGUCUCUCAAUAUACCAGUCUAAUCAUAUAUAACUUUCUAUCUAUCUCAGUCUAUUCAUAUCUAUCUAUCUAUCUAUCUAUGUAUCUAUGUAUCUAUGUAUGUAUGUAUGUAUGUAUCUAUCUAUCUAUCUAUCUAUCUAUCUAUCUAUCUAUCUAUCUAUCUAUCUACGUCUCUCAAUAUACCAGUCUAAUCAUAUAUAUCUUUCUAUCUACCUCAGUCUAUUCAUAUCUAUCUAUCUACUCUAUUCAUAUCUAUCUAUCUAUCUAUCUAUCUAUCUAUCUGAGUCUGUGCAUGAUUAUCUAUCUAUCUGAGUCUGUUCAUAUCUAUCUAUCUAUCUAUCUAUCUAUCUAUCUAUCUAUUUGGAAUCCAAUCGCCAAUGACUGUCUUCCUCCGGCGUGUCCAUCGGAACUGACCGCUUAUCACUUCUUUAUUACCUAUUUAAACUGUGUCCACAUCGAGCCUGGCUUCGUUCUAUUUAAUAGACCGGAGACCAAAGUCAGAAAAAAUCCGGAUGUUAUCUCCGCCCAGAUUUGCAGUUGUCUGUGA